UACUUUUAUUUAAAAAAUACACGACGUUUUGGUCACAGAUUUGGACCCUUUUCAAGCAAUCUGCAAAUAUACAUAACUCCACACUAAAUUUAUAUUUUUUAGUUUCUUUGUGUAAUUGCCGGAUAAUAUCCGGUUAUCUGGUUCUCCAGUUACAAUAAGUGUUGAAUUAUCCGGUAUCCGGUUAUCAGGCAAAUACACUAUCCGGCACAUCCGUAAUUAGAAAUUUCUAUUAAAGGCCUAACAUUUCUAUAUUUCUACUGUAAGUAACAUGAAAUAUUAAUAUUAACACAGAAUCCGUCUCGCGGCAGUUUUCGGCGACUAUAGUGUCCGUCAGUAACAAAAAGGUUAAAAUAAUGAGCAUAUUUUUCAGUGUGUCUAUAGUGUUUUUAGAUUUUUGUCAUAUAAUGUUCUAUCUGUACUCUCCCUUUUUAUAUUGAUUGCAUUUAUAAUAAUACUGCAUUGAUAGUAUCAUAUUUUAAGUGUAGGAUAUUUUUAACAGAUUAAAAAAUGAAUCGAAAACGGCCAAGGAAAGACAUUUUAUAUGUGUCAAAAAGACAUUCGAAUUCAUUGUGCAAGCAAGAAGCUGAUUUUAUUUCUAAUGUUAUCUUGAACACUACUGCAAGUAGUAGAUACUCAGAAAAUACUUCCGCAGUUAAUUCAUGUGAUCAGUUUAAUAAUACAACUGAUAUAAACAAUGAUUCUGUUCACGAAAUGAAUGACAUUGACGAUACAUGCAUUGAAAGUCAAAAUUAUGAUAAUUGCAAACAAUCAAAUGAUUCGCGAUUGGAAUUGCAAUUGAAUUCACAAUUGGAUUUAGAAACAGACUUGCAAUCAAAUUCACAAUCAUUUGUUCCGGAUUCCAUUGAGAAAUCAAUUUCUUACGUAGUAUCUGAAAAUGCUAAUCUAACAGAUACUAGUUUCAAUACUGUUCUUGCUAUGUGGGCUGUACAACAUCGAAUAUCGCAUACUGCUCUAACAUCAUUGCUACAAAUAUUGAGACAACAUUCUUGUUUUUCUACGUUAUUAUUACAUGCUAAAUCAUUUUUGAAAACACCACGGAAACAAGAGAUACAUACAGUAGUGCCAGGAACCUAUUGUCAUUUUGGUAUACUACAUUCAGUAUUAAAAAUAAUAACGUCUGUCAAAGAUAGUAUUGAUUGUGUCAAAAUUUUUGUCAACGUGGACGGAUUACCUUUGACGAAAUCAUCACAACAACAAUUUUGGCCUAUCUUAGGAUCAAUCUUUCCGUACGAAAAUGUUUUUAUUAUUGGAAUAUAUCACGGCAAUGAAAAACCGGAAAAUGCCAAUGAUUUUUUGAAAGAUUUUGUAAACGAGGCAAAAGAAUUAUGUGAAAAAGGCAUUAAUAUUGACAAUCGAAAUAUACCAUGCAGAAUUGAAGCGUUAAUUUGUGACACACCUGCCAAAGCAUUUGUUCUAUGUGUUAAAGGACAUUCUGGAUAUUCCAGUUGUACAAAAUACACAACUGAAGGAGAAUACAUUGACAGACGAAUGUGUUUUCCACAAAUUGAUGCACCACGUAGAUCUGAUGACGAUUUCAUACAGAAAAUAGACGAUACUUACCACAAGCCAAAUACAACUUGCAGCCUGUUAAACAUACCUUAUUUCAAGCCCGUUACAAAUGUGCCAUUAGAUUAUAUGCAUUUGGUAUGUUUAGGAAUAAUGCGAAAGUUAUUGAAUUUAUGGCUUCAUGGAGAUUUACAUUUUCGGUUACAAUACAAAGCUGUUGACGAAAUUUCUACACGUCUAGUGACGCAAUUAAAAAGUUACAUACCUAUAGAAUUUGCCAGAAAGCCUCGAAAACUGGAUUGUAUCAAAUUAUGGAAGGCAACGGAAUAUAGAUUAAUAUUGUUAUAUACAGAUCCCAUGGCGUUCAAAACUAUAUUAAAAAAUAAUGUAUACAUCAAUUUUAUGACACUGCACGUGAUUAUGAGCAUUUUGUCUUCGCAAGAGCUACAUGAACAUCUAGCCUAUGCGCAAGAUCUAAUUUACUUUUUUAUUAAAACAUUUUCAAAGAUAUAUGGCGUUGGAAACAUUUCACACAAUGUUCAUAGUCUUGUUCAUCUUGUGGACGAUGUUAGAAGAUUUGGACCUGUUGACAAUUUCAGUGCGUUUAAAUUUGAAAAUUACAUGCAAACACUGAAGAGAUAUAUUAGAAAAGCUGAUAAACCGUUGCAACAAGUCGUACGCAGAUAUAUUGAAAACGAAAUAAAUUCACAUUCGUCAAUAUCAGCUGUUUCAUCCAAUUUUAUUGCAACACAUUCAAGUCUUAAGUCACUGCAUUAUGAUGGACCACUUAUACCUUAUUGCAACAAUCCACAAUAUAAAAUUGUGACAUACAAUGGAAUAACAUUGAAAGCUGGAAUACUUGCGGAUAAUUGCUGUGGCUUAGAUAAUGGUGCCAUUAUAUCUAUCGAAAAUAUUGCAUAUUGUACAAAACGAAAUAUUCCUGUGAUUAUAGGCCAUGAGUUCUUGCAAAAAGAUAAUCUAUUCAACAUUCCUUGUCCAUCUUCGUUACUUGGAAUUUACAUUAUAUACUUGCGCUCACAUCUGAAAUCAUGGCCAUUAAAAAAUAUAGUUCGAAAAUAUGUAAGAUUACCAUGUGACGAAGACCGAUAUGCAGUUUUUCCAUUAUUACAUACCCAAAUGUAA